CAUUAUUUUCCAGCAUUUAUACACUGAUUCAGAGCGCGCAACGAAUGGAUCAAGAACAUGUAGGCGCCAAAAGCCUUGAAAACGGCUUGCUUUCGAGCUCGCCAUGAAAAUGGCGAAGCCUGGAGGCUGGUAAAAGUAUUUCCAUUGGAAAGUUUUGAGUUAUUUGGCUGAAAGUCGAAUACGAACUUCCUCCAGAACUCGUGGAAGUGAAUCAGUCAAACAGUAAGCUGAUUUUUCAGAGCUUAGGGUUUCAAAAGUUUGGGAAUACUAUCAAAGACGUAAAAUUCGAAGAGCGAUUCAAGUCAACUGCACAUGGCCUUGGAUGUAGCUGCGGUAAUAGUGGUCAGCGUUGUUCUUUCGCUGUUGAUUUUCCUUUAUAUUGCCCUAUCGAUAAGGUUCGCGCUGAAAAAGGCAUCAGGGAGGAUCCCUGACGAUGACCCAAGGAACUCUUUCCUGUAUCAUACGGCAGCAUGGCACCCUUUCGGCGUGGCAGACACCAAGUGCAUCCCAAUACAGCCCAGGACAUACGAUGAACUCAGAAGGAGCGAAGAGAAGCUGGUCGACUCAGGAUCAAUGAAAAUUCCACCAGUGAAGAUUGCUGGAAAGAUCAAACUGUCGCUUCAGUAUGAUUCUAUGAGGUCCACUCUUAUGGCCACCAUUCACACAGUCAACCUACAAGAGCUUCCUUCUACUCUUGACGCCAACUAUUACGUCACACUGAAGAUCCUGCCGCAGAACCAUCGCUCGUUCCAGACCAAAGCGGUCAAACGGGACAAGAGCCUCGACUUCAAGGAGACGUUUGAAUUCCGAGUCACAUUCGAGAAACUUAACGCACAAAGUUUGAAGAUGACGUUAUGUUGUUUCGAUCGAUUUUCCCAGCAUGAGCCUCUUGGUGAACAAACAGUGCAUCUAGCUGACCUCGAGGCCCGUGGGCUCAGCCUCUCUCGAGAGAUAACGUUAUUUCGUGAUAUUCAUGCAGUUCGAAAGGCAUCGGGUGUUCUUGGGGAAUUGAUGAUAUCCCUGGGGUAUCUCAGGCUAACUGAAAGGCUAACGAUAGUGGUAAUCCGGGCGAGAAACCUCCCUGAAAAUGAAGACAAAGAGGAUCCAGCUCCAUACGUUGAGGUCUCUCUUAUUCACGAAGGACGAAUCCUCAAGCAGAAAAAAACAGUCGUAAAGGAAGAAAAUAGAAAUCCUGUAUUUAACGAAACCCUCACAUUUCACAUUCCUGUUGGUAUCCUUCACCAAACAAGCUUUAAGUUGUCCGUGAAAAGCCAGACUCAAAAGAGGACUGAGGACGAUUUACUUGGAAAGAUUUUUCUCGGCCCAUCAUCCACCGGGGGCGAGUUUGACCACUGGAAUGAGAUGAGGAUCAACAACAAACCAAUAGCACGCUGGCAUAAGCUUCUUGAUUGACAAGCGCGAUAAUUCAGAUGGAUUUCCCUUCUGCAUCAGCUGUGAACAUGAAAGCUUUGUAACGGUUAAAAUGGUUAAACUUGUAGUUCAUAAUUUCGAGAUUUCUGAUUUUAAGUCAGCCUGCAUUUUCAAUUUCUCAUACAUCAAUUGAGAUUUUCUCAUACCUUUUUUUUUCAAAACCAUUGUUUUCUUAAGUUUUAUAUGUACAAUGAAGUCACGCAACGCUAUAAAAUAGAUUAAAGGAGCAAGUUUCUAAA